AGCUCGUGGCUCCUUUUUCUGCCCUGGGAUGUUUUUUUUGCUUUUUUGCCCCAAAAAAGGGGUUUUAAAGGGGGGACGAGAGGAUGGUACCCGGAUGGGGGUCGUGGAGGCACGUAGAAGAGGCUCAGGAUUCUGGGGGAGGGAAAUGCCGGGCUUAUGGGUUUGGCAACGGAAUCGACGCCGGGCAAACGCAUCCGCAAACCCUCACUGCUUUACGAGGGCUUCGAGAGCCCCACCAUGGCCUCAGUGCCGGCCCUACAGACCCCCCAAGCGAAUCCCCCUCCUCCAGAAGUUUCGAAUCCCAAAAAGCCCGGCCGGGUCACCAACCAGCUGCAAUACCUGCACAAAGUGGUGAUGAAAGCCCUGUGGAAGCAUCAGUUCGCUUGGCCUUUCCGUCAACCUGUCGACGCUGUCAAGCUGGGUCUGCCGAUUCCCAUCCAUGAAUUUGUAGAAGACAUCUUGUGACCCCAAUAUUAAACGCCAGCCCCCCGUGCACCUGUGGCGCCCAAGGAUUUAAAGCCCAGAGGAUUACCACAAGAUCAUCAAGCAGCCCAUGGACAUGGGGACGAUCAAACGGCGCUUGGAGAACAACUAUUACUGGGGGGCAGCUGAGUGCAUGCAGGACUUCAACACCAUGUUCACCAACUGCUACAUCUACAACAAGCCCACAGAUGACAUCGUUCUGAUGGCCCAAACCCUGGAGAAGAUUUUCCUCCAGAAGGUGGCCCAAAUGCCACCAGAAGAGCAGGAGAUCGUGGUCCCGGUGGCCAAAAACAGCCACAAGAAGGGAGCAUCACGGGCAGCAGCGCUCCUGGCAGGCCUCACAGCUGCUCAGCAAGUGCCAGCUGUCUCCUCCGUGUCCCACACCGCUGUGUACACCCCAAGCCCUGACAUUGCAACCACCAUCGUCAACAUUCCCCACCCUUCAGUCAUCUCCGCUCCGCUCCUCAAGUCUCUGCACUCCGCUGCCCCGGCUGUGCUGGCUGCGCCCGCACCCACCCAACCCGUGGCCAAGAAAAAGGGUGUGAAGCGGAAAGCAGACACCACCACCCCCACCACCACCGCCAUCAUCGCCACCAGCGGCGAAUCCUCCCCGUCGGCCACGUUGCUGGAGGCCAAGGCGGCCAAAAUCCCUGCACGGCGUGAGAGCGGCCGCCCCAUUAAACCCCCUAAGAAAGACUUGCCGGAUUCCCAGCAGCACCAGACCUCUAAAAAGGGCAAAUUAUCAGAGCAGCUGAAAUACUGCAAUGGUAUCCUGAAGGAGCUGCUCUCCAAGAAGCACGCUGCCUAUGCCUGGCCGUUCUACAAGCCGGUCGAUGCCUCGGCGCUGGGGUUGCACGAUUACCACGAGAUCAUCAAACACCCCAUGGACCUCAGCACCAUUAAGAGGAAGAUGGAGAACCGGGAAUACCAGGACGCACAAGGUUUUGCAGCAGAUAUUCGGUUAAUGUUCUCUAAUUGUUACAAGUACAAUCCUCCAGACCAUGAAGUGGUAGCCAUGGCCAGGAAGCUGCAGGAUGUCUUUGAGUUCAGCUACGCCAAGAUGCCCGAUGAGCCGCAGGACGCCAGCCCUCCCUCAGUGUCCGCCCCGCUGCUCGGAGCCCUCUCCAAAUCUUCCUCUGAGGAAUCUUCAAGCGAUGAAGAUGAUGAAGAUGAAGACGAUGAAGAUGAUGAUGAGGACGAGAGCAGCAGCGAGAGCUCAUCAGAGAGCGAGGAGAGCUCUGAUUCGGAGGAGGAACGCGCCAACCGCCUGGCAGAGCUGCAGGAGCAGCUGCGGGCCGUGCACGAGCAGCUGGCUGCCCUCUCACAGGGCCCCGUUUCCAAACCUAAAAAGAAGAGGGAGAAGAAGAAAAAGAAGAAAUCGGAGAAGCACAAAGGGAGAGGAGGAGGAGGAGACGACGAGAGCAGAGCACGGCAGGCUCAGCUCCGCAAAGCCAAGAAGGGCGGCGGUGGGGGGAGCGGCGGGGGCAGCUCCAAGAACUCAAAGAAAGCAGCAAAAACAGCUCUGCCUCCUCCCCCUGCCCUCUAUGAUUCGGAGGAGGAAGAGGAAAGCAAACCCAUGACGUACGAUGAGAAAAGGCAGCUUAGCCUGGAUAUUAACAAACUGCCUGGGGAGAAGCUGGGCCGUGUGGUGCACAUCAUCCAAUCCCGGGAGCCUUCGCUGCGUGAUUCUAACCCCGAAGAGAUUGAGAUUGACUUUGAGACCCUCAAACCUUCUACGCUGCGUGAGCUGGAGCGUUACGUGCUGUCCUGCCUGAGGAAGAAACCCCGUAAACCCUACAGUGAGACCAUGAAGAAGCCGGUGGGGAAGACGAAAGAGGAACUGGCGUUGGAGAAGAAAAGAGAGCUGGAGAAGAGGCUGCAGGACGUCAGCGGCCAGCUGAACUCUGCUAAGAAACCCCCUAAAAAGGCUAAUGAGAAGCCCGAGUCAGCUCAGCAGGUGGCUGUUUCACGGCUCAGCGCCUCCAGCUCCAGCUCAGACUCCAGCAGCUCCAGUUCCAGCUCUUCAUCCUCGGACACCAGCGACUCAGAUUCGGGUUAAACCCCCCCACCCCAUGACCCCACCACCACCCCACAGCACCAACAAAGGGGCAACAUCCCAAGCGGCUCUGCGGGACCGGGCCGGUGUGGAACGGACUGAGAGCCCCCCAUAGAGCCCACAGGGGAUGCCCCAUGGACUCAGCCUUGGUGGGGGGGUUUAAAAAAGAGGGGUGGGGGGUCCUGGUGUGACCGGAGCUCCCCAAGCAUCCCCAGGGCGCAAUGUGGGGUCAGAUAAAUAAGGGGGGGGUUGGGGGGGGUGUUUGAUGCCCUCCCAGCAGGUUUUACUGUUUGUUGUGUUAGGGUUGGCUGGAAAACUAAAGUGUGGGGGAGGGGGAGGGUAGGGAGGGAGGGGGGUAAAAAAAAACAGGUUUUGGGGUUUUUAAUAAAAAAAAAAGAAAUAAAAAUAAUAAAUAAAGAAGCAUUUAAAGAAGGAAAAAAAACACCCAGGCAGAGAAAAAAGGGGCAAAACUUGCCCCCACCCCAUUGUUGUAGCUGGAGGGGUUUUAAUUUAUUGGAGCUGCCCGGCCCCCCCAUCCCCCCCACACCCUGUAUAUAAUAAACCCCCCCCUCGCCCCCCCAUAUCCCCCCAUCCCGGCACGCAGCGCCGCAUGUUCCCAUUGGGGGAGGGAGGGCCACCCCCUUUUUUACGUUGACUGUAUCAUUGUUUUUUCUACUCGUUUUGGUUUUGUUUUUUUCCCCCUCCCCCCCAUCCCCCUCUUCUUUCACCCUCCUACCCCCCCAUUAGCCCCCUUUAGAGCCGUGUUUUCAUCUUUACUGUAUGGUUUCUCCAACCUUUCGAUUCUUUAACGUGUAAAUAAAGAAAAUAUUAUUCGAGUUGA